GCAAUCACGAGGUCUGCACGAGGUGUCGAUUACGUCAUAGUGUCAGCUGGUUACGUCAACUGUCAGUGAGUGUCCGUCUUCACUUCUGCAUUGCUGAGUAUUGUGUUUCUUCCACCACGUUGGAUAAUUUGAAAUGAUUGAAUAAUGUGUGGUAACGUCCAGUAUAGUAUAUUGCAGCACAAAGGCUACACUUUGUUUAUUUUAUUGCUACUCAUCUUUGGAUCUCAUGUUGCAACAUCGGAGGACGUGGCACUUAACCUUCAACAUGCAACAGAACAGCAACUCACAGUAAGCACACAAGCUCCUUCACUGAUUUUGCACUCUGGCGAUAAAAAUAUUCGGAUAAUAGAAGGUACUUCCAAGCCUGGGAUUGCAGAACAGCAGGAACAAAAUGAGACACAUGAGAAGAAUGUCGAAAUUGAUUCGGUUAGAAAUCGCCGAACUAGCGGUGCUACAAAACCCCCAACGACCACCAUGAAAUCAACACCUCUGGGAGUUUCUUCUACCACCGCUAAAAUUCUAGAUAAUCAACAAGCAUUUGUCGCAACUGAUAACUCUGUCACGUCAUUGUCUACACACGGUGUAACAAUAGACAAACUGCUGACAAAUACAACUUCAGAUGGCACGACAGUAAUGCAAACUUUGGACACAACAAAUGCAACAAACGCCAGUACAACAACUGUUACACCAGCUGAACCUGUGCUACCAGACAAAGGAUCAGCAGAGGAAGAGCAUAACAGUUCGAUGUCGAUAUUUUUUGUACUUUGUGUCCUGGCUCUUGGAAUUUUGCUGAUUCAUCUGAUGCUACAGACUAAUUUCCGUUACUUGCCGGAGUCUGUGGUCAUUGUUUUUCUUGGCGCCGCGAUUGGGAUGAUAAUAAAUCUCAUGUCGCAUCAGAAUAUAGCCAACUGGCGCAAGGAGGAAGCUUUUUCUCCUACUGCUUUUUUCCUUGUUCUAUUACCUCCGAUAAUAUUUGAAUCUGGUUAUAACUUGCACAAGGGAAACUUCUUCCAAAACAUUGGUAGCAUUUUAGUGUUUGCCAUUUUUGGUACGGCUAUAUCGGCAUUUGUUAUCGGUGCCGGCAUUUACCUCCUGGGCCUAGCCGAUGUUGCAUAUAAGCUUAGCUUUGUUGAAAGCUUUGCUUUUGGUUCUCUGAUAUCUGCCGUUGAUCCAGUUGCCACUGUUGCCAUCUUUCAUGCCCUCGACGUUGAUCCAGUAUUAAACAUGUUAGUAUUUGGUGAAUCCAUUCUAAAUGAUGCGAUCUCCAUUGUUUUGACUACCUCUGUACUCGAGUCAAACAAUGCAGCAACAACCAGUGAAGCCAUCAUACUUGGAAUCAACAGAUUUUGUUUGAUGUUCUUUGCCUCUGCUGGCAUAGGAGUAGUCUUUGCACUGAUUAGUGCUCUGCUCUUGAAGCAUGUUGAUUUGCGAAAGAAUCCUUCUCUUGAGUUUGGACUUAUGUUAGUCUUUACCUAUGCACCCUAUGUUCUAGCCGAGGGUAUACAUCUCUCAGGAAUCAUGGCCAUCUUAUUCAAUGGUAUUGUUAUGUCCCACUAUACUCACUUUAAUUUGUCAACUGUGACACAGAUAACUAUGCAACAAACGAUGAGGACUCUGGCCUUUAUUGCCGAAACCUGUGUCUUUGCAUAUUUGGGUUUGGCUCUGUUCAGCUUCAGGCAUCGGGCUGAACCAGCACUGGUAGUCUGGUCUCUAAUUUUAUGCCUAAUUGGCCGAGCUGCGAAUAUUUUCCCACUCGCUCUUCUGGUCAACCGAUUCAGAGAGCAUCAAAUAACAAAGAAAAUGAUGUUUAUAAUGUGGUUUAGUGGCCUCCGAGGUGCAAUUUCCUACGCCUUAUCGUUACAUUUAGACUUCAGCGAUGAAACGAGGCAUGUUAUCAUUACUACUACACUGAUAAUCGUUCUGUUCACUACUCUGAUAUUCGGUGGCUCCACAAUGCCGCUUUUAAAGUUUCUUAGAGCAGAAAAAAAGCCACGUGCAAACAGUAGUAGGCGAAAGAGAAGAGAUAAAGAAAUUUCGCUUAGUAAAACUAGGGAAUGGGGUCAAACUAUAGACUCAGAACAUUUGUCGGAGCUCACAGAGGAGGAAAUGGAGGUCUCCUUCCUGCAAUCACGAAUUCGUGGUUUUGCUCGGUGGGAUUUAAAAUUCUUUAUUCCAUUCUUUACGCGACGAUUUACUCAGCAAGAACUGAAAGACUGUAAAUCUCAAAUGACGGAUCUAACUAAUCAAUGGUAUCAGGCUAUCCGAAUCAGCCCUGUAGAUUCGGAUGACGACAAUUCUACGACGCAGCUCAAUCUUAGCAUCGCCGGCGAUUGCCAAGGCAUGAGCAACAAGUCUAAGAAAAAUGGUCGGCCGAGUCACGGCUCCAUACUCAGUAUAUAAUUCUACAUUUAGCAUUGAUAACUGACAAAUAAUUUGUGAAUUAUUAUUUUACUUUCAUUCGCCAAAGCAGUACAGCUGGUUUGUUUCUGAAUUUUUUUUAUUAGGAAUUUUUUAAUUGUGAACAUAGUUAUGAACUAUCUUCACCUAAUCUGUGUAUAUUGGACAGUUUGGAGAUUUGUAAAUAUUUUUUUGCUAAUAUCAGAUGCUGCUCAUUUUCAGUAUUAGGUACUAAUCAUUAUGUAAUUUCAUUGGUUUUAUUGCACUGGACCUAUUCUGUGUGGAUAAUAUUUAUUUUCGAUUUCCAACUAGCAUCAGUCUUGUCUUCAUUUUGAUAAGAUUUUGAAAGAAGUUUAGUCUCACUGCACUAAAUAUCUUUGCUCAGAUGGAGUAUUUUUUACUGGGCUAUGGACAGUUCUCAAGAUUUGGUCAGUCAUUACACUGGCCACCACAUUUCUUGCAGAAGGUUAGUUAUCUGUUGGUGUUUUUUCUUUGAACAACACGUCUUGUACAUUUGAUAACAGUGUGUACCUAUGUCACCAGACUUUUGAAGAAUACCAUGAAUAAUUAUGACAUGAUAGCUUCGCGCAAAAUAAAAGCGAUCCAAAAAUGAUUCGUAUACUAUAUAAUCGCAAUAGUCAUAUCCUCAGCAUUGCGUAAACAGCUCUAUCUUUGCCUCUUGACUGAAAAAUUAUCUGUCAGUAUUAUUCAUAAAAAUAUCAGCUACUUGAAAUGAUAUUAAAAAAAAUGCAUUUUUGCGCAAAUUAGGUACAAGUAAUGUCUUUCAUGUAAGAUAUGUUAACAGAAUUUAAAUCUUGCACAAUAUUCGAAAAACUUUUCGUAAACAAUGAGUAACAUGUGUGAGAUGCUGGAUUACUGCUAUAUGUGUAUCAUAUAUUACCCAUUAUCAGUAUAUGUUGUUCUAUUACCAACGUUGAGUUGGUAUACUCGUAUAUCGGUAAUUUACUUAAUAAUGUUAGUAAUGGUUCUAUUAAUUAGUCUUACGGAUGAUCUUCCGGGAGAAGCAUCGCUUUACGGUGUACUGCGGUUUCAUAACUGGCAGGACAUUUAAGAAAUGUCUGAAAAUUAUAUAAUAUUUAUAUCUACAUAUGUUAAUUUCUCAGUUAUCUUAAUGUCCUUCCGUAUGGUUUGAGCUGGCUUCUAUGUUUUUUAUUUUCUUUUCGUUGAAGAAAAUUAUGAAGUUUGAAUAUCGUCAAUGCCAAUGAUCCUUACCUGACUUACUUAUUAUUUUUGUAUUGUUAUCACUGUCUAUUGAGGCGCAGUUUAAUGUUGUAUACCGUGAAUUAUAUUGCUGCAAGUAUUUUGAGUAGGAUUUUUACGAAUCAAUUCAUGAGCUUACAACAAAUGUUAUUCAAAAUGAAUUUCAGCAAUGGCCAGUCAUCAGUUGCUGGAAUUUGCAGGGUGUUGAUAGUACACCUACAAUACAUACUGUAUGUAUGAAACAUUUUUAUUAUUGUGCAUCUCUGUAUACAUACUGUACACAAUAUGGGUGUAUUGGUUGUGCAUUAUGAAAAGUGAGAAUAUACAUUUCUGUAAAAACACACCGUUAAUCAUUACUGUCAUUAUUGUUAUCAUUAUUUUAUAUCAUGCUGGGGUGCAGAUGUUUUGAAAUAUACAUGGUAUUCUCAA